UGCUUAUUGGGUGAACCGCCUCUCUAUCUUCCUUUUUCUUUCUGUCUUUCCCUUUUUAACCCAGAAAAUUUUGACCGAAAGGCUCGGCAGGUGAAUGGCCUUGUAGAUCGCUUAGAAUAAAUAAAGAGCGACUGACACAGAGCGAGAGAGAGAGAGGAACAGAGUGAGCAAGAAAGAAAGAAACACAGAGCAGAAGAGAGAGAGAGAAGGACAGCGACAGGAGGAAGAAGAAAAGAGGUACCCAUUUCUCAGUAAGAAAACGUCUGCUCUUUUAAUUUUUCCUUUCUCGGGAAAAUUUUGUGUUUUUAAAAUAUGACUGAUAAUUUGUUUAUUGUGUGGAGUGUUUGUUGUUUGUUCGUUUGUUUUCUUUCCAAUUUGAUAAUUUCUAUGAUGUUUCUAUAGAGAUUUGCGUCUUCUGGUCAGUGGGUGGUGUGGGGUUUUGGGGAAAGGCGAAAGUUCAUUGUUGAAAUUUCACUGUUGCAGUGUAAAAAAAAUAUACUAACAAAGACCGGCCAUUUCUCUCUCUCUCUCUCUCUCUCUCUAGUCUCCACCUUUUGAUUCUUUGGUUUUUACAGAUCGGGUUUGUCUCUGGGGAAGAAGGGUAGAGGGGAGGGAGAAAAAAUCUCGGCCAUAGAUUUGUGAUCCUUUGUUUUUUAUAAAUAGGGUUUUUGGGGGUUUAGUAACGCCCCUUCUGGCCUCUCUGCUUGCUCUCUCUCCUUCCUCUGCUCUCUCGCCUUCUGCGCUUCACACCUAUCUAUCUUGUUAGGCUUAUCGUUUUGGGUCUUUCCUCUCUUUGAAGGGAAACGAGGAGGAAGACAGAGCAGGAAGACAGCUCUCCGUUGUUCAGGAGCCGUGGGAUUUAUGUCGGCUGGGUUUAAUUUGGCUGUGAUUGGGGCUCCGCUGAAGCUCUCUUGUAUUUCGAUUUCUGCUUCUGCAAAAGUGAUUGUUUCCGUCGUCGUCAGCUCACUUUCCUCCGCCGUUGCCGGUCCUAGCCGCUGCUGCCGUCCCCGCUUCAUACAACUCUGCUGUCCCCAGCAGAGAACGGCGCCGAGGUCCUCGGUUGAUUCGAUGCGUUUGAGGCCAAAACGGACUUCUUCUGGUAUUGUGGAGUGCUUUGGGGGUUUUCACAUAAAUCGAUUUUCUCACUUAUUCUUGUUCUUGAGAGGGGGUCUCACUUGAUUACCCCUCUUGUUCUUCUUCUCCGUCAACCCUUAAACCCUUCUUUCUCUCUCUCUUUUCUCUAAUUACUAUCUACUGCGUCUUACCCUGAGAUUUUUACUCCUCUGAUUCGGUUUGGGAGAUCGAAUUCUUUUCUGGGUUUAUUGAGGGGUUUUGGCGAGUGAUUCUGAGAUUUACCAUGCCGGAGCUGGUAGAACAACAGCCGAUGAGCUCGCCGGAGCCCUUGCGGAGAGUCAUUGCCAACUCCUCCUCACCUUCUCAAGACUCGACGGAGUCAAGGGUAAGGAAAGUCCGGGUCAUAUAUCAAGAUCCAUAUGCUACUGAUACCGAUUCCAGCGAUGAUGAAUUCGGGUGCCCUGUUCCAGCUCCGAAGAAAAAAUCCAAGUGUUUCGUCCGUGAGUUUUGUGUCCCUCCGAGUGGUUUAUCCCUCUCACAGAGCACUGUUGAGCAGCAGCUGCAGGAAUCCUCCUCUGAAGACAGCAACAGCAACGAUGACAGUGGCAAAAACCCCAUCAGGAGGAGAAAUGUAUUGGCCACCACUCCAUCUUCCUCCAAAGGACCCAAGAAGCCUGUUGGUGUUAGGCUGAGGAAAUGGGGGAAAUGGGCUGCUGAGAUAAGGAACCCCCACACCAGAUCCAGGGUAUGGCUCGGUACUUUCGCCUCUCUUGAAGAGGCUGCUCAGGCUUAUGAGGACAAGAAGCGAGAGUACGAUGCCUCUUUCCCUUCGGAAGACCAGCAGAAAAGCGUCAACAACAUGGUGCCUCAGUCUUCCUCUGCUGCUGGUACUGCUGUCUCGCCCUCUACCAGCAAGAGCCAUCCACCUUGUUGCUCUACCAACGGCAAUGACUCCGAGAGCCUUGUCUCCUCCCAUACUUCACCAGCAUCUGUUCUCGAGGUGGACAACUGUGCAGUGUCAGCGCUGAACUGUGAUUUUAGCAAGGAAGAGUGCUUUGACAUUGUCGAGGAAGAAGGUUUACAGGCUGCUGCUCUUACUGUUGAAGACCUGGAGAUACCUGAUUUGAGCUUCAUUGACGAGGCGUUGGGGUCUGCUUGUCCAGUGGUCGAUCAAGAUCUCGACUUGGGUGUUGAUUUCACCAGCCUGAUCGAUGAGUUUGGCAGGAUGUAUGAUGAUUACUGUGGUAUUGGGGAUGAGCUUGACUUCCUCGGGUUUGACUUUGAAGGAGGAGAAAUGCUACCAACUGAGCUUCCCGAUUAUGAUUUUGAGUUCGACAGCGAGGAGUUCGCUUACCUGGAUGAUCAUCAACAGCAGCAGCAACAACAACAGCAACAACAACCCCUCAAUAUCGCAUGCCUAUAAGUUUUGCAGCUAGUGAGUUUUACAUGUUCGGUUUAAUUUUGGUAUGUCAAAUCCAAUUAUUAUUUAUGUAUUCGUUGAAAGACAAAAAAAAGAUGGAAGAGUUCUGUACUAGGCAGAGUGAGGAUCUCAAGAACACUGCUUGAUGAGCAAAGCAAGCAUUGUGGUGUUCUUUUCUGAGAAUGGUUUUGGCGGAGUGAGUUUUGUUUUAAUUACUGUCUAGUUUUGUCUGGUUGAGGAGAUGGGGGAAUUGAUCCUUGAGGGUUUUGCUGGUGCUGUAAAAGCCGUCCCAAAUGGGUGUAUUCCAGUCUUUUAAAGUCUUCCUCACCAGAGUAAUGGUUGCUGUAAACUCUGGUGAAGGUUUUAUUCGAGAAAUGCUCAAAACCCAUCUCUCAUUUUUCUUUCAAGUUUUGUACUGAAAUGGAACUGUUAUCAGAUUGUGCUAACUGGGUUGUUCUUUCUGCCAUUCUUCAUAUAUUUGGAUGGAUACAGUCAGUGCUGAAGCUUUUACUACCAUUGUUGAUUGUGCUGUCCAUUAAUGGUUGUCUCAGGUGGAGGAUGUGUGUAUUG